GCGUGUCGCGCGGUUAUGGAUAUGUCGCGUGAACGCGGUCGCGUACGAUAGAUGACUUGACAGCUUUUUCGAUUCCCAUCGUGACGAUGUACUGUCUGUGCUGUUCGUCGUCGCAGAGUGCCGCGAACCGGCCGACAGUAGAGCGCUUUUAGCGAGCCGCGCUACCGUGACACGCUGUCCUUCGGAUCACGGCUUCUCGAUCCUUCGUCGAAUCACGAGUGCGCUCUUGCCCAUCUGGGAUUUCUCGAUUUCACCUGGGCUCGAUCGAAACCGCUUCCUGCCCGCGACAUGGAACUGCCGACUGCCAGUGCAUCUCAACCUAAAGCUAUAAGAAUGGCAGGUUCUCCAGUGUUGGAGAACGAAGGCGAGACUGAAUUUAUCGAUGAACCUCUCUUUAGUAUCCCUGAUAUUGUACUUUUAAGUGCACUCCUACUGGCUGCAGUAUGGUGGCUGAUGCGCAGGAACAAGCAGGAAGAUUAUGCUGCCUCAGCAAAGUCCUACUCCAUUCAGCCAACGCUAUAUCCCACGGUAACGCCGUCAGAAAAUUCGUUCAUUAAAAAGUUGAAGACUUCUGGCAGAAGUCUUGUGGUAUUCUAUGGCAGCCAGACUGGUACUGCUGAAGAAUUCGCGGGUCGGUUGGCGAAAGAGGGUAUCCGUUAUAAGAUGAAAGGCAUGGUAGCUGAUCCCGAGGAAUGUGAUAUGGAGGAGUUGAUAAAUCUAAAAUCAAUACCAAAUAGUUUGGCAGUGUUCUGUUUAGCCACAUAUGGAGAAGGUGAUCCUACAGAUAACGCUAUGGAAUUUGUAGAUUGGUUGAAAAAUGGUGAUGCCAAUCUAGAUGGAUUGAAUUAUGCUGUGUUUGCUCUGGGAAAUAAAACGUAUGAACAUUACAAUGAAGUAGGAUUAUAUGUUGAUCACAGACUAGAACAACUUGGUGCUACUCGUGUUUUUGAACUUGGCUUGGGCGAUGACGAUGCAAAUAUAGAAGAUGAUUUCAUCACAUGGAAGGACAAGUUUUGGCCUGCAGUUUGUGAAUUCUUUGGAAUUGAGGGAGCAGGCGAAGAUGUUAGCAUCCGACAAUAUCAACUUACUGAACACAAUGAUUUGCCUAUUGAACGUAUCUAUACUGGUGAAAUAGCUCGCCUUCACUCAUUCAAAACUCAACGAGCGCCGUAUGAUGCAAAGAAUCCUUUCUUGGCUCCAGUCAAAGUGAACCGAGAAUUGCAUGGACCAAAAUCAGACAGGUCUUGCAUGCACAUAGAAUUUGAUAUAGAAGGCUCGAAAAUGCGGUACGAAGCUGGUGAUCAUUUGGCAGUAUAUCCUGUAAAUGACACAGAAUUAGUAAACAAAAUUGGAAUAAAAUGCGGUGUCGACUUAGAUACUGUGUUUACGCUUACAAAUACAGAUGAGGAAUCUACGAAGAAACAUCCAUUCCCUUGUCCUUGCUCUUAUAAAACUGCUUUAACACAUUACUUGGAUAUUACUAGCAAUCCACGUACUCAUAUUCUUAAAGAAUUGGCAGAAUAUUGCACUGAUUCAAAUGAUAAAGAGAAGUUGAAGUUAAUGACCUCAACCAGUGCGGAGGGCAAGGCUGCUUACCAACAAUGGGUUGUUCAAGAAAAUAGAAACAUAGUACAUAUUUUAGAAGAUAUUCCUAGUUUAAAACCAGCUCUAGAUCACUUAUGUGAACUUCUACCGAGAUUACAAUGUCGUUAUUAUUCAAUUUCUUCAUCGCCAAAGUUGCAUCCAACGUCUAUUCAUAUUACUGCAGUUGUGGUAGAAUAUACGACUCCUACCGGAAGAAUUAAUAAGGGCGUAACAACCAGCUGGUUAAGGGAAAAGCACCCAUCGGACCCACCUUGUCUUGUUCCUAUUUUUGUGCGAAAAUCUCAAUUCCGUCUACCAACUAAAGUGCUCACACCUGUUGUUAUGGUUGGUCCGGGAACUGGUAUAGCACCGUUCAGAGCAUUUAUCCAAGAACGCGAUCUCGCUAAACGGGAAGGCAAAGAAGUCGGUGACACUAUUUUGUACUUUGGAUGUAGGAAGAAAGACGAAGAUUUCCUCUAUAAGGAAGAACUCGAAGAAUAUGUGAAGAAUGGUUCUUUGAUUAUGCAUAAUGCAUUCAGCAGAGAGCAAGACCACAAAGUAUAUGUUACACACUUAUUGGAAAAGAAUAAGGACGAGUUAUGGAGAGUUAUCGGGGAACAAUAUGGUCAUAUCUAUGUCUGUGGUGACGCCAAAAACAUGGCACGUGACGUACAUAAUAUCUUAUUGAAAGUUGUGAUGGAGAAAGGUAAGAUGGCGGAACUUGAUGCAGCUACAUACAUUAAGAAGAUGGAUUCACAAAAACGUUAUUCGAGUGAUGUAUGGAGUUGAAUUUCGUUAUUUAUUUUAAUUUCAUGAAUAUUUAUAAGUCAAAUUGUCUAUGUAAACAUUUGAAAUACGCCUUCAUCAAGAAGCCUACACUUAUAACUUUCGUGCAAUUGUACGAUACGCUUGUAAGCAUUUAAAAUGUUAAGAGAUAAUUACAGAUGUUAGCAAAAAUCAUUCAAACCUUAAAUGUAUUUAUUAUUCGUAAGUAGUUAAUGAAUUUUGUAUAAAUAUUAA